AUGGAUGGUGUCUCCCACGAGGCUACGAAGCCGAACCCCACCCUCAAGGUGGUGCUUCUAGGUGACUCUGGCGUAGGGAAGACAUGUAUGAGGUCCCAGUUCAUACAUCAUAUGUUUACAAACGCAUACAAGGCGACGAUUGGAGGUGAUUAUUUGACAACUUCGGUGACGAUAAACGGGGAAGGAGAAACAAAUACAAAGGUCAAUUUGCAGAUUUGGGACACUGCAGGGCAAGAGAGGUUCAACUCCAUCUCACAGGCAUUUUAUCGUGGCACCGACGUGGCAGUGUUGGUGUAUGAUAUCACUAAUUAUGAGUCUGUUUUAAGUCUUCGACGGUGGUUCAAAAGUUUCUUACAACAUUGUCACGUAGAAAAACCGGCAAUACUCAUUGUGGGCAACAAGGUGGAUCGGAGUAGUGACCGGAACGUGGAUAUUGAAGAGAUACGUGAACUUCUAGUGGGCGGAAACCAACUCCGCGAACAUAUGGACUUUGACACCUACGUCCGAGAUUGGAACGAGGAUGUAAAAGAAGUCACUGCCAAGCAAUUGCGCCUGGUGGAAGAGGUUUUCACUCGGGUGGCGCAGUUGGGUAUAGCUGCCGCGGCGGCCGCUCCAAAACCCACCAUGGUUGGGUUUGAUAGUCUCGAUUUGGGACAAGAUCCACCCAAAUCGUCAUGUGCAUGUUGA